AUGGAUGCGCGACGAGUAGAUACGGAAGUGGACCUGGCGUUGCGAAGCGCGACCCGGCAGAAAGGGAUCGAUGCCCUGGAGAGAGCGUGCAUCGUGAGACUGAUGAGGCGAGCCCGACGCAAAAUAUUCCUUUCCACCGCCGGUGACCGCCGCGCCGAAAAAACGUCCGCCCCGAUCCAAAAACUUUGGUUGGACAUGUGGUCGGUCGUCGCGCUUAUCGUCGAUCAUCACCGCAACCGAAGGGCACGUCCCCGGCCGUCCCCGCGGGUCACUGUUCGAACCGCACGAACAGGGAUCGCACGGACGAACACCAUGGGCUACAACCGCGGAGAGAAGAUCCCGGGGUACCGCGGAUACAUUCCAGGUCGCAACCACAUCAUCGGCCACAGCUACACCGAGGGAACGAAGCUCGCGGAGGAAGCGGUGAUCGCCAUGCGCGCGGGGCACAAUCCCGCGGGCAUCGUCGAGCUCCUCGAGAGCAGACCCGUCGGAGGCAAGGACCUCACCAUGCAGAAGCUCCAGCGCGGGCCACGCGAGGGCGGGUACUUCCCGCUCCCCGUGGACGAGAGCAUCGGUGCCCCGCACCUGGGCAAGCGCAAGCCGCUUCUCGAUGAAUCCCUCGGCCUGAAGGAUUUCCGGCUGUCGGAGGUCAAGGUCGGAACCAACGGCCCGGGCACCAUGCGCGCCAAGCCCACCGCGUCCAUCCCCGAGCUCCCGUACUCGCUCAAGAAGACCUUCACCGGCCGCGAGGUCAAGACGACGCCGGACGACUACGCGGGCGACGACGGUCAGAUGCCGGGGUACACCGGCCACCUCCACGGACGCCAGCACACGUACGGCGUGUCCUACGGCAACUCGACGCGGACCGUGACGCACGUUCGGGCCGACGUCGCGCAGGGCCCCGAGGCGCUCCUCGCCAAGAGCGGAGCGCUCAACGACUUUGUCGAGCCCAAGCCGCAGGGCGCGUCGCAGGCGGAGACGGGCCAGCGCGAGCGCGGCAUCCCCGGCUACGGCGGACACGUCCCGGUGAAGGAUUUCGUGCUCGGGCAGACGUACGGCGCGGCGGUCAAGCUCGCGCCGGGCGCCGAGGACGCGAUCCGCGCGGGGGCGCGCGCCGAGCAGCUCCCCGGGUUGGUUGAGCGAAGGCCCAGCGACGCGCCCGAGCUCACGAUGCAGACGAUCAAGCCCACCGUCCGCGGUCACGUCAUCCCGUACGAGCCCGUGCCGCUGCCGUACCGCGUGAGCAAGGGCGAGGUGAAAGUGGCGUUCAAGACGAAGGGCGAGGAUAAGAAGUGGAGGAACGUGAUCCAGGACGACGUGAGGGAGGUUAUGCGAGGGACGCACAAGCCGCCGGGGUACACGGGGUACACCCCCUUUAAACAACACGUCUACGGCGAGUCCACGGGAAAGAUGACGCGCAGGCUGAGGGGACAGGCGUUCGAGGACCCGACCACGAGCUACGAUCUGCUCAACUACAAGGACAAGAGGCCGAACUACGAGGACGGGGACGCGCCUCGCACCAUCGGGUAG